AUGUCCCGCUCCGCAGCCCAUGACGAGCGAAACACCAGCUUUCGAGAAGCAUUUCGGACGCCCUUUGAGUUUGCGUCCAGUGCGGCACCAACUGCACAACUGGUCCAAACAGAGACGCAAAAGCUGAAACUCGAGCAUGACGUCGAGGACAUUCCAAACAGUAACGGUGCGCGAUUGCACUGGAUAGGGGACCGUUCAGCGGAGAAAGUCCUGCUCUACUUCCACGGUGGCGGCUUCUGCCUCCCUGCACUCAAUGGCCAUAUACUGUUUCUCAAUCAAACUCAACAGUAUCUCGAAUCCAAGGGAAAGAAAAUAGUGAUUGCAUUCCUUGAAUACAAUGGAUCAGAGGGAUCGAGAUACCCUGCGCAGAUCUUUCAAGGCACUGAAGCGUUACGCUUCGUUCUUGAGAAGGGAUGGAAGCCCUCCAAUAUCGUCAUCGGGGGAGACUCUGCAGGGGCCAAUCUAGCCAUUACCACCAUCUCGGUGGUCCUGCAUUCCUUUCCAGGAAUCCCUCCCUUGAGUCUCAGUGGCCACCUCGCCGGCCUCCUGCUCAUAUCAGCCUGGAUCGGCUUCAGCAGGGACACCCAGUCUUGGACCGAGAAUGCAGACAAAGACUGCAUUCCCGCGGAGUGUGCCAUCCAACUCACCGACGCCUACGCCGACCCAGCCGACCGCAACAACUACUCGGAACCCGGGCAAGCCGACGUCUCGUGGUGGAAGGGCUUACCGGCGGAUCGCAUCCUGAACGUCUAUGGGGGUGCUGAAGUGCUCCGAGACCACAUUGCUGAGCUUGGUGACAAGCUGGAGAAAGCCGGCAACCGGGUCGAAAAUGUGGAAUGUCCCUUGGAAGUCCAUAUCGAUUGUAUUCUGGACGCCAUGUCCGGAUUGGACGCUGGCUUGAUGUCUACUAAGGUGUGGGAGUGGCUGAGCAGUGUGCUGUAG